AUGAGAAGCUAGUGACAGCAUCCAAAGUGAAUCAUCUAAAAAGAGAUUUAAAUCAUCAAAAGAAGCAAUUAAAGUAACACUCCUGUUGUGGAUGGAUGCAACCGAGCUCUACUGAUUUAGAUGGAGUUCUUCUAACAGAAUUCUCCUUGUUCAACCUAGAGACUAGCAAUUAGUUCAAAAGAACCACAGAGGAUGAACAAGAGGAAGAGAUUAGAGGAGCAAGGGUUUUUUAUCUUCCCCGGAAAUCCAACUCAUUUCAGUGGCUCAUUCCGAGAGAACAUUGAAACCUUACUUAAGUUUGGGCAUCUUGAAGCUUUACUUGGACAUGGAGAUCAACUGCAGUGCCAUUCAUUUCAAUUCCAACUCCAUCAGCAUAGUACUAAACUUCUUGUCUUGGAAGAGGAUGUCAAAGAGCCAGACUCUCAAAGAUGUCAUUAUUGUCAUUUUGCCGGUUGGGGCCACCACAUCAUUUGUAGCAAGAGGUUUCACUUUGUGUUGCCUCCAUCAGCAGCACUUCAAGCUAUAAGCCAUCAUGUUGCUAGAGACUGGCUAAAGAAAGAUAAAUCAGGGUCGAUGAAACCAUCGAAGACAAAUUGCAUCUUGAUGCAUGGAGUCAUGCACUCGAAUGGUUUUGGACACUUGGUAGAGAUCAAUAAUGGCUUUCAAGGUGGUUCUCAUUUCAUUUCCGGCCGCCAAAUUAUGGACUUGUGGGACACGAUUUGCUCAGCUUUGCAAGUUAGAAAGGUGAGCUUGAUUGACAUUGCGAUGAAGGGGGAAAUGGAGCUGAGAUUAGUCCAUGGUAUCGCUUAUGGUGAGCCCUGGUUUGGUAGGUGGGGAUACAAAUUUGGCUGUGGAAGCUAUGGUGCCACUACCCAAGAGGUUUACCGGCAUUCUCUACAAGUGAUACGGGACCUUCCUCUUUGUUGCCUCUUGAGUCAUCAUUUGAUCUCGUCCAUUAUCAUAAAAUAUCAGUCGUUCUCUGAGCAGAUCCUGUCAACUCUGAGCGAUCUGUUCAGGUUCAUGAUUGGUUUGCAGUGCUCAAGUAUUACAAGUGCAAAGACACGCCUUGCUCCAAAAUGUGCUCAACAUGCCAUGGAUUACUACUGCCAAGAGGCCAUGACCAAAACUCCACCGUGCCGAUGGUCUGGAAAAAGAGUCGCAAUGGCAGCGCGAGUGAUUGUUGAAAAGCUCAAGAACUCUGAGCUCCAAUGGGUCACUAGGCAGGCGAUCAGAGAUGCAGCCCGGGCAUAUGUGGGCGACACUGGCUUGCUAGACUAUGUUCUGAAAACACUGGGAGAUCGAGUUUUUGCAGGUUACAUUGUGCGCCGCAAGGUGAAUCCGAUCACCCGAUUGCUCGAGUACUGUGUGGAGGACAUCUCGAGGACGAGGGACCAGUGUGAGAACAGAUUCCAAGUGCGGAUCAUGAGAGACUUGUUGUGCUUGUACAGAUGCAUACUGAGCACGAUUCCGAAAGAAGUGAAAGUGGUUCUGAAUGCCAAGCAGCUGGUCAAAGACUUCAAAGGUGAAUUGCGAGCUGAAUAUUUGAUUGUGGGAGAUGUAAAACACCAUAUUGAAGGGGAGAUUCGUGAAGGCGACAAUGUUUUUAGCAUUGUGGAUUCUGACACAUUUGUGGUUAAAGAAUUCGAAUUUGAAUCGCGGACUGAAGAUUUGGUCGUGGAAGAUGAAACAAGCAAUAUUAAAGUGGAGAUUCAUGAAUGCAACAAUGAGAUAAGCCUUGUGGGUUGUGACAUGAUUAUGAUGGAAGCGCGAAGCGUUCUUGAUGCGAAGUGCUUGGUCAAAGACAAUGAAGUAGACUUGCAAAUCAAAGAUUUGGUCGUGGGAGAUGAAAAAGGAAAUAUUGAUGAGAUCAACGUUGUGAAUUGGGGUGGGUGUUGUGUGAAGGACGGAGAACGGACGAUAUGCUGCAACAUUUGCGAAGUUUGGGAGCACACGAGGUGUGUGGGAAUCGCUGACGAGGAAGAAGCUCCCAGUGUGUUCAUUUGUGGCAGAUGCGAGAAAGAAAUGCUCACAUGGCAAAGCCUACAAGUGAUGCUAUGAAGCUGCAAGUGUUCAUUCGUAUAGAUUGAGAUGCAAAUCUAGCUAUCAUUUGGGUAUCAACUCAGCUUCGUCUUUGGGAAUGAACAUGGUCAUUAGCAUAGAUGGACUAUAUGAUGGACCAAGAAUAUUUAUAAAAAAAAGGAAUGAAAAGGAGGAUUCAAUA